UGAGGAUUAAAUGAAAUCAUCUUUGUAGUGGCUUUGAUACACUGCACAAAUUCCAAUGUGCAAGAAACAUUGCAUCAUCUAUUUGUCUCUAAGUCAACUUAAAAAUUUUAAGGUGCAUGCACAAUACAAUGCACCUAUUUUAAGUGUACAGUCUGAUCGGUUUUGCAGAAUGUACAUACCAGUGGAACCACCACCACAGUCGAGUCAUAGAACAUUUCCAACACCCCAGAAUAUUCCCUGCUGCUCUUUGCAGCCAUCCCUCCCCCACCCCAGCUUCAGAGAGCCACUGAUCUGCGUUCUGUCACUAUAGAUUUGUUUUCUAGCCUUUCAUCUGAAUGGAAUUUCACUCAGUAAAACAUCUGUAAGAUUUACCCAUCCUGUCCUAUGUAUCAGUAGUUAACUCCUUUUUAUUGUCCAAGGGUCUUCCACUGUAGGAAAAUACUACAAGUUGUUUAUUCAUUCUCCUGCUGGCAGAUGUGGUGUUGUUUUCCAGUUUGAGGCCAUUAUGAAUGAAGCUGCUGUGAAUAUUCAUGAACAAGUCUUUGUGUGGACAUAUGUUCUUAUUUCUUUUGGGUAAAUGCCUAGGGAUUGGAUUGCUGGGUCAUAUGGUAAGUGUAUGCUUAUAAGAAACAGCUAACUCUCUUCCAGGGGGGUUAUAUCAUUUUCCACUCCCACCAACAAUGCAUGAUAGUUUUCUCAGCGUGGACAUGAACUGUUGAAGACAAUUAUGCCUCAUGGGGCCAUUCCUGCUCCAGGGAAAAGUUCUGUUACAGCUAGCUUCUCUGGAUCCCCACACAGCUGGGGAAGCAGUGGAGCUCCUGGGGCAGGUCACUGGAGCCUUCCUCGGACGCUUCCUUGGGUCCCUUGGGGAGAGCCACCCAGGGUCCUUUGCUCUUGGGCACCCCUUAGGAGGCAGCACACCGUACUGGGCAGCCAGCCCUGCUUCCUUAAUCCUGAAGAAACAUUUUUCCUGGAACCUCAUGGGGAACAUGAACCCUUGGAUUCUAAACUACAGCUGCUCAAAGUUUUCAUUUAUUUUCCCCCCUCUGUUUAAGUGCUGUUUUAAUAACUGAUUUUUUUUUAAUUAUGCUUUAUUCCUUUAAAAGUAAAUGUGUUGGAGGCUGUGCUCCACAGCGGGAGAGGCCACAACAGUGAGAGGCCCACGUACCUCAAAAAAAAAAAAAAGUAAAUGUGUUGGCCAGUAAGAACAUGAAAAGAUGUGUAAUAUCACUAAUCAUUAGGGAAAUGCAAAACAAAACUACAAGGAAUCACAGGUAGCCAAUGUCUUCACACCUGCGCUACCCUGCCCUUCCACAGGGAAAUCAUGCCGUAGCCCCACACGUCCAUGCACCUGUUUGGCAUUAACCAAGCAGUGUGACAGGCUAGGGAGGCAGGAGACUGGAGAGGCUGGGGGCAUGCUCCGAGCUGAGAACGAGCUCAGAAGGGGCCGAGACGGCAAGGGAAUCUGAAAAAUAGGGUGUUCCCUCCUGGCAGAGCAGGGCAUCAGGAGGGUACGGACAAACACCCUCCCACUAGAUGGGUGUCAGGAGACAAACACCACGAGUGAGCAGAGGAGGAGGCGUGACCCCUUGGCGGGGGGCUGAUUCAUAACACUGAGCAGAGAGAGAGAGAGAGAGCCCUCUUCCUGGAAGAUUUUGCCCUGAAACCACCAGCCACAGCAAGUGGCGUGGGAGAAAGCUCUCCAACAAAGGACAAAGGGAAGAAGGAGGGAUCUGGUGUCCAAAGAGCCAGGGGCGAGGGUCUGAGGCCAAGCCGGAGGUCAGUUACCAUGAGAUCAGGCCUCACGCGCCACGACUCAAGGAAGGAAACAGGCUGUGCUCCAGAAGAUGAGGACAUGGGUCACGAAAGCAGCAGAGACAGCUGGGACCUCAGUCUUCUGUACUCAGACAGAAACUUCCACCAUGGGCUCUCCUGGGUCUCCAGCUACAGAUGGGAGAUUUCGGGGCUUUUUGGCCUCCAUAAUCAUACAUAUGACUACAAAGGAGCUAAACAAGAAGGGCCAUUUACCAAACCAGGAGGGACAAAGGAGCUAAAGAAUGAACUCAGGGAGGUGAGGGAAGAGCUCAAGGAAAAAAUGAAGGAGAUAAAACAGAUAAAAGAUGUAAUGGACCAGGAAUUUGAAAAACUCCAGGAAUUUGUGGAGAUUAUAAAGGAAAUGCAAAAGGAUGUGGAUGAGGAGAUGGAUGUUUUAAUAAAUAUACAGAAGAAUAGCAAGCGUCCUCUCAGGAGAGGACCAAAGGAGCAGCAAGAACUCAGGCUGAUAGGAAAGAUGGACACAGACCCACAGAUCCGGCGGAAGAAAAUGGAUGGAGCUGAUGGAGUACCACUUGCCCUUCACAAAAAGAUGACGGCACUACAACAACCAAAAAAAGAUCCAAUGGAUUCCCUUCACCAAUGUGAUACCUGCUGUGAGAAAUGUUUGUUGUGUGCCCCAAAGAACAACUACAAUCAGCGGCAACUUCCAUACCAGGCCUGGGCAUCCUUUUCACCCUCGGCAUCUGGACAUGCUUUCUGAUUUAUCUGUGCUUCAACUCCUGUGUGACUGAGGACGUAGUUCCAACUUAGUGUCACCGCAGGACCUAUGAGCGGCUCCGGUUCAGCCUCUCCCCACUCCUUGAGCUGCACAGCAAAUGCUUGCUGCCCUCUUGCAUACCACCCUGCCCUUGUCUCCCUCUACCCAGAGAGUAAAAUCUUCAU